AUGUCUUCGACCGCCACCACCCUCAAGGGUCAGCCCCUCGACCGCCCCGUGCUCGAUGCCCUGCUACGUCGUCGCAUGUUUUUCACCCCCUCCUUCGAGAUCUACGGCGGCGUCGGUGGCCUCUUCGACUACGGCCCUCCCGGCUGCGCCCUGCAGGCCAACAUUAUCGAUGCUUGGAGGAAACACUUUAUCCUCGAGGAGGACAUGCUCGAAGUCGACUGCACCGUCCUGACCCCGCACGAUGUCCUCAAGACCAGCGGCCACGUCGACAAGUUUGCCGACUGGAUGUGCAAGGACCCCAAGAACGGCGACAUUCUCCGCGCCGACCACUUUGUCGAGGACGUUCUCGAGGCACGCCUCAAGGGUGACAAGGAGGCCCGCGGCCAGAAGGUCGAGGAGGUCGACGACCCCACCAAGAAGAAGAAGCGCAAGCAGAAGACGGAGGCCAUCAAGCUGGAGGAUGCCGUCGUCCAGGAGUACGAGGAGGUUCUGGCCAAGAUUGACAACUACAACGGCGAGGAGCUCGGCGAGCUCAUCAAGAAGUUCGACCUCCGCAACCCCCUCACCGGCGUCCAGCCCUCGCCCCCCGUCUCCUUCAACCUCAUGUUCCAGACCGCCAUCGGCCCCAGCAGCAACCUUCCCGGCUAUCUGCGUCCCGAGACGGCCCAGGGCCAGUUCCUGAACUUCGCCAAGCUCCUCGAGUUCAACCAGCAGCAGAUGCCCUUCGCCUCGGCGUCCAUCGGCAAGUCCUACAGGAACGAGAUCUCGCCCCGUGCCGGUCUCCUGCGUGUGCGCGAGUUCCUCAUGGCCGAGAUUGAGCACUUUGUCGACCCCGAGGGCGGCAAGAAGCACCCCAAGUUUUCCGAGGUGGAGAACGUGGAGCUCGCCCUCCUCGCGCGCGACGUCCAGCUCGCCGGCAAGACCGAUAUCAAGCACGCCACCAUUGGCGAGGCCGUCAGGACUGGUAUGGUCGACAAUGAGACUCUCGGCUAUUUCAUCGCCCGUAUCGCUCUCUUCCUGAAGAAAAUUGGUGUGGAUAUGUCCAAGGUUCGCUUCAGGCAGCACAUGCAGAACGAGAUGGCGCACUACGCCACCGACUGCUGGGAUGCUGAGCUCCUCACCUCGUCUGGCUGGAUCGAGUGCGUUGGCUGUGCCGACAGGAGCGCCUACGACUUGACCGUCCACGCCAAGAAGACCGGUGCCCCUCUCAUUGUCAGGGAUCGUCUGGAUGAGCCCAUUGUCCGUGAGCUCUGGGAGGUCGAGGUCGACAAGAAGAAGUUUGGCCCCAAGUUCAAGAAGGACGGCAAGACUGUUGAGGCUGCCCUCGAGGCCACCUCGCAGGAGCAGCGUGAGGCUCUCGCUAAGCAGCUGUCUGAGAAGGGCAGCCUCGAGCUCGAGGUUGCUGGCGUCGCGGACGGCAAGGUUGAGAUCAGCAAGGAUCUCGUGACGAUUGAGUUCCGCAAGAAGGUCGAGAACACGAGGGAGUACACCCCCAACGUCAUCGAGCCCUCUUUCGGUAUCGGCCGCAUCCUCUACUCGCUCAUUGAGCACUCCUACUGGACCCGUGGCAGCGAUGGCGGCGACGAGGCCCGCAGCGUCUUGUCCUUCCCCCCGACGGUCGCGCCUACCAAGGUUCUCAUCGUCCCCCUGUCGGCCAACAAGGCGUUCAAGCCCUUUAUUCAGAAGAUUUCGCAGAAGCUCCGCAAGGUCGGCGUCUCCAGCCGCAUCGACGAUUCCUCGGCGACCAUUGGCAAGCGCUACAGCCGCAACGACGAGCUCGGUACCCCUCUUGGCAUCACGAUCGAUUUCCAAUCUGUGCAGGACUCGACCUACACUCUGCGUGACCGUGACUCGACCAAGCAGGUGCGCGCUGACGAGGAUGCCAUUGUGGCAGCCGUCCUCAGCAUCGUUGAGGGUUCGAAGGAGUGGAAGGACAUUGAGGCUGAGCUGCCGGCGUUUGAGGGCCAGGAGGUCGACGUUGCCGUCCGCUAA